UAUUUUUAUGUCCUCAUGAGACCAAGUGUGCCUAUGUUAGCUAUCAUGUACCUCUGUUGUUUCCUUCAUUGUCCCUCCUAUAUAUAAACUCAAUCUACUACUAAAGCUGGGAACAAAGUGUUUAUGUUCUUUUUUUUGCUAAUAGUCUUUGUAUACAGUCCUCAGAUUUGUUAAGGCUAAGUAACAGAAGGGUGGAAUUUUAACAGCUGAAAAACAGUAAAUUAAGAUUUGUUAUGGAGGAAAACUAUCUUUUGGGAUGGAAGAAGAAUAAUGAUUCAGAUAAUUGGCUUGUGAGUGUUGAAGAAGAUGAAGAAAUGAAUGUAGAAUUGCCUUCUGUUCAUCAACCACAAACACCAAUGGAGCCAAUGGACUUUUUGUCAAGAUCAUGGAGCCUCUCUGCUUCUGAAUUAUCAAAAGCACUUGUUCAGAAACAGAAACAUUAUAGUUUUGAAAGGAAAUUUAGUGUGAUUAAUGAAUCAGUUUCUCCACCUCCACAACUGCCAGAGACCAAGAUGUUGAAUACACAAAAUGUGCGAAAAACCGGGGGAAUUGGAAGGUGGUUCCAUCAUAAGGAUUCUAACAAUAGCUCAGUCAAGAAGAAAGAAAAGGCGCGCCUAGAAAACGCCCAUAUGCACACUGUCCUGUCCGUAGCAGGACUAGCUGCAGCAUUGGCUGCUGCAGCAGCAGCAGAGAACUCAAACGGUUCGAGUUCAAAGAUGAGCAUGGCUUUAGCAUCAGCUACUGAACUCUUGGCCUCACAUUGCCUUGAAAUGGCUGAAUCAGCCGGGGCGGAUCAUGAUCGUGUAGCCUCAGUUGUUAGAUCAGCUGUAGACAUACAUAGUGCUAGUGAUCUUGUCACACUAACAGCUGCAGCUGCCACAGCUUUGAGAGGAGAAGCUGCUCUUAAGUCAAGAUUACCUAAAGAGGCAAAGAGGAAUGCAUCAAUAAGUCCAUGUGACAGAAGCAUGGUUGAAUCUCAAAGUUUUGCUGCUGCUUUCCCUAAUGAAAUGGAUGAACAUGAUUCUACGUUUGCGGGUGAAUUGCUGCAUCUCACAAGAAAAGGUCUGCAACGAUGGAAACGCGUUUCUGUUUAUAUAAACAAAAAAUAUCAGGUUGUGAUCAAGUUGAAGAGUAAACAUGUUGGUGGAGCUUUUUCUAAAAAUAACAAAUGUGUUGUUUAUGAAGUAUGUGAUGAAAGUGAACCAUGGUUAUUCAACAAAGAGAUUGAAAGCCUAGAUUUGUACCUUAGAGUAAAGACAGCUCAGGGUCUUCUAGAGUUCAAGUGCAAGAACAAAAGCCAUAAACAAAAAUGGGUUGAUGGAAUUCAGAAGCUUCUUGAUAAAACCAGUUUAUAUGAAGAUACUGAGGGCUCAAUGACAAUGUUGAAAAUCAACAAGAGCUUUUAGACUAACUUAGUUAUUUAGUUUUUCAUUUUUUUUGUGUUAUUUUCUUGUAUAAAAAUGUUUGAAGUAGUUCUUGGUUUGUCUGUUUUAUGAUACUUCAGAUGUAAGUUGUACUUACUAAUUGGAGAGAUUAAAAUCUUCAAUAAGAAGUUAGUAUCUAAAAUAUUGGUAGUGUGAGACAAGUCUUAUUUGUAAGAAUUUUGUAAAUUCACCUAGUAGGUGUUCUUGGGAUGAUAUGGGAUUUGAAUA